UUAUAUAGUCUGUUGUACCAAUGGGUCCGAAAUUGUUCAUUCCAGUUCAGAAUACAGUAGGUGGUACACAACUUUACUACAUGAACUCUGUGCUGAAAUUUCAGCUGAUGCUCUUGGUUGCCAUGCCAGAACUAUGAAUGAUGUAAGUGGGAGCUUAUUUUUCGAGCUAAUGAUUGACUUAUGCUUUUGACAGAACUUCAAACAGUUUUUAUGUUUGCUUUGGGAUUUUGCACCUGCUUUCUCCUGCAAUAUAUUUUUAGCCAAGUUUAGAGAUCUCUGGAUGUAGCUGAUUCUAACUGCAUCAUUUCAUCUUGGAUCACACUCCGAUGCUUGCAUAAAGCCGUGCUAAAUCUUAAUUCUAUUUUCAAGACGGGUGUUACUGUGCCUACAGUGAUAGAAAAUGAAGAAUCCCCCCAAUUAUUACUUGGGUACUUUUAAGCAAGCCAGUUAAGGGAUAUGGAAGAGCACUAGUAAGCAACCUUCUCCUGAUCCCAUGACUAUUGUACCAGGAAAAGUGGAAAUUAAACCAGCACAGAGAGAGAGUAUAUAAAGAACGAACAGAUGUGACAUCUCUUAAGAUUUGUUAAAUUGCUGGAUAAUCCGAUCGAAUCUGGAGGCUUUGGCUUCUAUUGUAGUUGUAAAGAUUAGCAAUAAUUGGUUAGCUAGAACAAUCUUUGGGGGCUGAGAACUCCUUCCUUCUUCCAUUGAUGAGGCCUUUCUUUGUACAUUCGCCCACAAUUCCGUUUGCGCUGCAGAGUUAAAACACCGUAAUCGCUUAGGACCCUAUUUUGUAUGAAAUGGGGCCGGAAAGCAAUGAAAGAGGCGGGCGCUUCAUUUUGGAAAAGCGAAGGGUUCUCUAAGAGCAGCUCGAGAAUUGUGUGGCGGCGACGCUGGGGGUGUCUUUUAUUUUAGCCUGCCCAGGGACCUAUAGCUGACUGAAAGGACCCAAUUGGUACCUCCCUCUGCUCUCCUUGGAUAUUUGGUACGUUCCUCCUCUGAGCGCCAGAAGAGAGACAGACGAGCGAAGCCGGCGUCUUCAGUGCGAGCGUCGCUUUUGUGUUAAGGUGCGGGGCGGGUGGCUUUCGUUGUCCAUCUAGCGGGAAGGCUUUCGUGCAACGGAGCGGCGACCGAGAAUUAUGGAGUACUCGAUGCAGGGAGAAGUAUGGAAAGUGCAGACCUUGAAGGAGCUGAUCGAGAUCCUACAUCACUUGUUUGCGAGCGAUAAAGUCAAUGUGGCCGAAGUGCAAACUUUAAUGGAAUCUUACGAGAGCAGCCCAGACGAGUGGACCAAAUAUGCCCAGUUUGACCAAUUCAGAUACACAAGAAAUCUUGUAGAUAAAGGAAAUGGAAAAUUCAAUCUGAUGAUCUUAUGCUGGGGAGAAGGCCAUGGCAGUAGUAUCCAUGAUCACACAGAUUCACACUGUUUUAUGAAGCUACUUCAAGGAAACCUAAAGGAAACUUUGUUUGAGUGGCCUGGCAAAAAGGGGACUGGAGAGAUGUUAAAAAAAUCAGAAAGAGUGUUAAAGAGAAAUCAGUGUGCCUAUAUUAAUGACUCCAUUGGUUUGCAUCGUGUGGAGAACCCAAGCCAUACCGAAACAGCUGUCAGUCUCCACUUGUACAGUCCACCUUUUGAAAUCUGCCAGACCUUUGAUCAAAGAACUGGACAUAAGCAAAAAGUUAAAAUGACGUUCUAUAGUCAGUUUGGAGAAAGGACUCCAUAUACUUCAGCAAUUUCUCAAGAGAACAACUGAGAAGCACAAAACAUACCGACAUAUAUUCUUUUAUUUUCUUAGAAAUUGUUUGAGCAAGAGCAGAAGGAUUAUGUGGCUAAUGCCAGUAUCAAGCUGUAUCUUUAUGCAGGACUACAUAGCUGUCCUAUAUGAAAAGCAGCUUUUUAGCUAUGAUUCUUUCUUUCUCUCUCUCAUACGUAAACACUAAAAUGCAGAAUAUAGAAGAUUCUUGCAGACAACCAACAAAUAUAAGAGCAUGGGGCGGGGAGCAGAAUGCCUCUGAUUAAUUCUAAGACUGUGCACACAAACAUUGUACUUAGCAGGCCUUCAGAAUGAAUGUACACUACUUAAACUAAUUUUAUAACUUGUCAAACUCCACUCCAUGUUCACAUUAAUUCCUAUCUAGUGUAUGCUUUAUGAUGCAAAGAUAAUUCUUUUUAUCACGGAUGUAAUAAUUUGUUGGAAUUUUAAUUGUGCAUUUUAAAAUCUAACGUGGAAGUACUAUCUUUUUUAGUAAAAGCAAUAAAGUGUGUCCUGUACAAUGUUUUAUUCAGAAAAAAAAGUGUCUGUGAUUAAGUUAAGGAUGAUGAAAGGGCUCAACUGUUAAUGUUUCAGUUGGGUUGUAUUAUUAAAACCUGUCCAAUUCCUUAAUAAAACUGAUUUAUAGACACACUUCUACUAUUAAAUUAUUUUUUUAAAAAA